CUCUAAAAGCACAAACAUGGCCACGCUUCAAGAACGACUAGCGGAUUUAGCUAAUCCUGCACCAGCUUUUGCGGACCCUGAAGACGAUAUUAAUACAGAAACUAGAGCUCAGGUUGAAAAUUAUGUUGAGGAAACUGUAGGUGGUGAAAUUGGAAGAAGUGAGCUUCGAAGAAAAGUUGCUCCUCUUCUAGAAGACCUUGAUACACGAUAUAGUGGAAGGAAGAUUUCAAGGAAAAAUCUGCUUGAAGGGAGUACAGCAUUUGAUGAAUCUGAAGGAAGUUCAGAAGAAGACGACGAAGACAGUAAUAUUAGUAGUGAUAAUGAAGGCAUUGCAGAUUUUCGGAAAAAAUUCAGCUCUUCUGGUAACAAAAGUCACUCCAUAAAGCAAAAGGAUGAGGACUACCUUGAAUCUGCCAGUGAUGCAGAGCAGGAACAAGUGGAAGGUGAUGCAAGUGAUAGUGAUAUUGCAGAAGAAGAAGAAGAAUCAGUUUCUGCUAGUGAUGAAGACGAUGACGGAGAAAAAUCAGAUGACGAAGAAAUAGAUGAAGAUGCUGAAUCACAAGUAUCGGGUAAUUGUUUAAUAAGCAUUUACAAAAAAA